GCGGGUUGCGUAAGCAGCGGGACCUGGGAGAGGGAGCCUUUGCUCAAGCGGCCCCCGAGCUCGCGGUUACCAGUCGAGAGCGUAAGCGGAGAGCCUUUGUUUGAUUGCCAAAACCAGCCUCACUGUUUUAUCGAGGUGAACUAUGGCUCUCGAAUACAAGGCGGAGCUGGAGAGAGUCGCCUCGCGCGACGGUGCCCACGGACUGAAGCGCGUGUGCCUUCUACAAAAUGAAGCAAGUGAAGAGACGCAGCAAUGCGAAACGCCGCUGCAGUGGGCUGUCACGACGCCGCGCACGUACUUCAUGCUAGAACCGAGCCAGAAACGCGCCGCCACGGUCGCCGCGCGGCCGAUGGAAGACGCGGCGUUCCUGCGCCGCCUGCGCUUGUUCGCCGGUUCGGCCGGAACGAGCGAGGUGGAAGACGGCGCGUUGGCGGAGGGCGCGGCCGAAACCGCCGGUCCGCUCGCGCAAGCGAUCGCGCAAGCGCCGCUGCGGCUCGUGAGCAAGAGCUGGGCCCGCAUGUUCUCGGCCGCGGCGAUCCACGCCGACGCGUUCGGUGCCGCGCGCCGCCUGCUGCAACCCGUCGAGGCGGCGGAAGGUCUCAGUCGCGUCUUCGACCAGAAGCUCAACUACGUGAGAGCGGAAUUCGAAGGCGAAGAGUCGGUCCCCCACCAUAUAGGAGGGGGCCUCGUCACGCACAUCCCCUUCGCCGACUGCGCAUGGCGCUCCGCCCUGGGAUACGUUCCUGAUGGCAUGCACGACGAAGAACAACAGGGUCCGGAAUUCGCGACGCAGCCGAUUUUCGCCUGGGAGCGGCGGACGGCGCACGAGGAGCUGAUCGCGCGCGCCACGACCGGCCUCGAGUUCCACGAGGCGGCCUGCUCGUGGGAUUCCGGAUUCGACACGCCAGGCGAAUACUGCAACGAGAUCCAGAACCUGCGGAAGGAUUUCGCCGACGCGCUCGUGCAGCGCGAGUGGUUCGUCGACGUCGAGGACGUGACGUGCACGAAGUGGGUUCGCGGCGUCGAGGACUUUUUGGACAAACUCAUGCCCCGCUGGGAUGAGCAGGUGGGUUGUUCGGAGAUGACGCGACGCGCGGAGCCCGCGCGCAAGGUGUUCCGCGUCGUGCCGCUCGCCUACUCCGUGGCGGAACUCGCGCACGAGCGGGCCCGCGGCAGCUUGUAUAAUGAAACUCCCUACGGAGACAGGCGCUCCUGUGUCGAAUUUCACGGAGGGUUCGUGCUGACGGCCGACGGCGCGCUUCCGCUGCUUCCCUCCGGCGACGGGCAUGGGAACGGGCGCGGCAUGGGGCCGGGCGCGACGGCGAAAGUCCUCGAACGGGCGGCGGAGCGAGACCGGCGCGCCGCCGAAGAGCUGCGGGACGAGGAGGGGUGGAACACCGCACUCGCGACCGCGGCCCUCGCGGCGAGCAGCGCGGCGUUCACGGCGCAGGCGGCCGCCUGUCGCCGGACGUCGGUGGCGCCAACGAUCUACGCGCUUUGCGCGAUGCGCGCGCUCGUGGCAGCGGGGCGCGCCGAGGUGCCCGAGCAAUCGAUUCUCGGACGGUUCUGCGGCGUGGGUCUGCCACCGGAGUUAUUCCGCCGCAUAGCCCUCAUGAUCGGCGUCGGCGACGAGCGCGACGCGAGUCAAGGGAGUGCUGUUCUGCGAAGGAUGGAGAUCUCCAUGGAGAAGGUCGAUGCUCCGUGGGGGGACUGGGAUAAACGGGAGAACUAUUGCACGAGCGACCACGGUCGAGACAAGUGGGAAAAACGCCGCUUGAUCAUCCCGCAGGUCGUCCUUAAGUUAGACCUGCACGGCCAGGAGCUGGAGAUAAAAGGUCGGCUCUCGGGCUUUGAGGUGCCCUGCACCCACGAAACGCCCUACUUUGGAUGGGGCCGGAACUAUCUGAUCGGCGACAAGAAAAAGCUGAUGCGCAACCGCAAGAAGUUUGCCACGUACAAGAAGAAGGCCUUGCCCCUGCAGAUCGACCGCGACGCCAUGAUCCCGGUGACAUUUACCGGCGGGUGAGAGAUAGCGACACUGUGUAAGUGUAUCAGAGACAU